AUGGCGGCUGCGAUUAAAGCGAUCAAUGCGAAGAUACGCUCCAAUAGAGUUUUGGACUAUUUCUGUUCUACCCAUUUCUGGGGUCCGGCAUCGAAUUUUGGCAUUCCGAUUGCGGCUGUGAUGGAUACACAGAAAGACCCCGAGAUUAUUUCGGGGCAGAUGACGGGCGCUUUGACAAUCUAUUCUGCAACCUUCAUGCGCUAUUCCCUCGCUGUCACUCCCAAAAACUACCUUUUAUUCCUCUGCCAUUUCGUGAAUUUUAAUGCCCAAGUGACACAAGGGUAUAGAUACUUAAGCUAUUGGAAAUGGGGGGGACGAGAUGCUCUUCUAGCAGAACGAGCUGCGAGCACGGCAAAGGAUAUUUCUGAAGCUGCAAAGAACUCGUGA